AUGUCAAGAUCAAAUUGCAAAACCUUGACCUAUGUCUUGGGCUCUUCUGAUCCUCAUAAUGGCCAUUCCUUGGGCAUAAACAAGAUCAAAUAUAAUGUCAACAAUAAUACGCUAUUCUCUUCUGGAAGAGAUGGUAUACUAUCUCAAUGGAUUAAUAAAAAUCAUCAUCAUCACCAUAAUGAUAGUGAUAAUGAUAAUGAUAAUGAUAUUACUAAUACUGAUAACGAUACCUAUGAUGAAUAUAUCAACAACUACGAUAAUGAUGACAUCAUAGAUAACUCCCAAUUAUCAAAUAUAAUCAAUAAAUCAUAUUCUUCCUCAACCUCUGACUACAAUGACAACCUAUUGAAAAACCUAUCCUACAACCUAAUCAAAAAGGGACUUCCUCUUUAUCCCAAUGCCUCAAAUCAAAACUCUUACUCUCUACUAAAUUAUAAUCAUCUCCACUCAGAUUGGAUAAAUGAUUUUGAAUUCAUAGACCCUUCUUCAAAUCUAGUCUCUUGUUCUUCUGAUUUAUCUCUUAAAAUAUGGAACUAUAAAAAAAAUAUCAACCACUCCAACAACGACGACGAUAAUGAUGAUAAUAAUUAUAAUGAUGACGACAACUCAAAAAAUAUCAUCACCUCCAACUCAAACUCCAGCGCUAACAAUGAUGAUAACAACAACAAUAACAACAAUGACUUGACAACUUUAGGAUACCACAACGACUACGUCAAAGCUCUAGCCUAUCCAAACUCAUCCUUCAAUCAAUACAACUCAAACUGGAUUGCAAGUGGUGGUUUGGAUAAAUUCAUCAACAUCUGGGACUUGAACAAACUAUGCAAAAUCCAAUCUUAUCUACCAAACGACAUCAAAAUAUCUCUCAACAUCAUCAACUAUUCUCCAAUAUCAACUUCAAACAUCAACAACCCAAUUGAUUCCCUAACUGACCCAAAUCUAAAUCUAAACAUCAAAAUACAACAACUAAAAUCCUCUCUCCUCUUAAACAACCAAAAUAUCCCAUCAAACUCAAUCAUCCAACCCACCACCACCACAACCCCAAAUACGCAACAAAUCUCUUACUUAUCUAAUAUUUUCAACAACAACAUUUAUAACAACAACCAAAACAACAAAACAUCUCUAAUUUUCAACAACUCUUCAAAUAAGGGUUCCAUCUACGCCUUAUCUGCUACCGAUAAUCUAAUUGCCUCUGGUGGCACUGAAAACAUCAUACACAUAUUUGAUAAAAGAAUCCCUUCAACAAACUACAACAACUUUAACGCUUCAAAAUCAAUCAUAAAAUUAAUUGGCCAUACUGACAACAUCAAGUCCUUAUUACUAUCCGAUGAAUGGAUUCUUUCCGGCUCUUCUGACUCAACCGUCAAACUAUGGUCCUUGAAAAAUAAUAGAGUCUUUAAAACUUUUGACAUGCACAACUCCUCAAUCUGGUCUCUUUAUAGUGACUUUAAAGAUUUUAAAGUCUUUUAUUCCGGCGAUAAAAAUGGCUACAUCUAUAAAACUGACUUGAGAGGCUCCAACUAUAAUUACUACAACAAAACUUGCUUAAAUAGCUCAGAUCUUACUAAUAAUGACGAAAUCCCUAAUACAAAAUUACCAAAACUGAAAAAUAUUAACGAUGACUACGAAUUCUUAAAUAACAAAUUAAAUGAAAAUUUAGGUGUAGUUACAAUGAUUUCAAAACAAUCUGCGGGCGUUUUAUCAAUAGCAGUAGAACCUGAAAUUAAUAAAUCUUCAUCUAGUGGUUCUAAUGGUUCUAAUGGUGACACUGAAAAUAUGGGAACUACUGUUGGUAAAAUAUGGUCUGCUACAAAUAGCUCAUCGUUAUUCUCAUUUAAAGACAUCAACUUAAACAACCUAAUCUUAUAUCAAUUUUUAGUCACAACAAAACAGUUCAACAACAACUUCAUUAAUGAUGCUUCAAUAAAUUUCUCAAAUUUUAAGAAAAAUUAUUUAAAUAAAAAUUACUUUAAUGAUAAUUUUUCAAUUUCAAGUGUUACUUCUCCUCUAAGCAAUAUGUCUAUCCAUAACGAAGAAUUCUCUUCGUUUAGCAAUCCUGCACUUAAUUCAGACACAAUUGUUGAUGAUGAUGAUCUAUUCGACCUAGUCUCCCAAUUUUCUUCAGAGACUUCCCCUCCAAAUGGUCAUUCACCAUCUUUAUCAAAUUUUGAAUCCUUUCCAAACCAAAAUGAUGAAUCCUUUAGCUUAACAAGUGUCAUGAGUGAUGAUUUAAUGAAAUCAAAUUUCCCCGAUUUUAAUGAUAGUCCAACUUAUGAAUCAAGUUUUGUUUCAAUAGCUGGUGGUCCAAGCUCCCAAUUUAUUAAUAUCGAUGGAAAAGGUAAUGCAUGUAAUAAUUCUAUUGAAUCAAUAAAAAUUGAAAUGUUAUCAGAAGCCUUACCAACUCAACAAGUCAUCCUAAAACCUUUAAACGACUGCUGCUAUGAUAAAAUAAAGGGUCAGUCAUCGAUAGUUAAAUUCAGAUUACUAAAUAAUAGAAGAAAUAUAGUAACGUUAGAAUCUGAUGGCGAUAUUAAACUAUGGGAUAUCCUAACUUGUUCAGUUAUAAAAUCAUUUAAACUUAAUAACGAUACAACAGAAAUUAAAUCAGAUGAUGAUGAUGAUGAUGAGAAUCUUGAUGAUGAAAAAUGUUGUUCUGAUGAUGAAAAUUUUAAUAUAAAUGAAAGUGAUAAUGAAAGUGUUAUUGAUCAUAUGGAAUACCAAAAGGAUGCUUUAAUAGAACUAGAAGCUAAACAUGAAGAGGCAUUUGAAAAUAUAAUUCAUAAAUAUCAAACAAAUGAAACAUUGAAAAAUUGGUGCAAGGUUUCACUUAAAAUAGGAAAAUUAUUUAUAACAAUAAGCCCUAAAACAUUUCUCGAUUGUGAAAUCUAUAAAGACGAUUUAAUGGAGGCAUACGGAGAAUUACUUGAUGAUGGAUUUGACCAAGGUGAAAUUGAUAGAGAAUUAAAAGAUGUUGAACAAGAUCCUAGUGAGAUUCGAUACAACUUAGGUAAAAUAAUCUUGAAAUCAAUGUUUUAUGAAUUUUUACAAAAAGAAAUCAAGUUGGAUGAAGUUUACCGUUACAAAUUGAUUAAAAUUUUUGAAGAAAAAGAAAUUUCAACCAAACAAAAGAUUAAUAAAGUUAAUACAAAAAUUAGUAAUAGUAAUAGUAUUGAUGAAAAUUCAACUGAAAUUGAUAUUAUUAACGGUGCUAAUGGCAAUAUAAAUGGAAAUGGAAAUGGAAAUGGAAAUGGGCUAACUAGGUUGCAUUCAAAAGACAGUGAAAACAAUACGUAUCUUAAAAAAUUAAAAAAAUUUGGAAUUAAAAAUACGUUUAAAAGACAAAAUAGUAUUAAUAACUCAAAGUUUAGUAAAAGCAAUCAUCAUUUAAAUGGAGAUAAAAAUGAAAGCGAUUUGAACAAUUCAACUCCAUCCUCUUAUUCAUUGAAGGAUAUUGAUAAAUCUAAUGUUUCAUUAACCAUAUAUCCAGAGGUUGAUGACUCAUUGUCAUCAAUCAUAAAAGAUGUCCGAAAUAAAUACAAUAGCUUGAAUAUUCAUGAUGUUGAAAGUUUGAAAGAUACAUCAUAUAUAUUAUCUAACAAGUUUAUGGUUCCAAUAAUUUCUAGUUUAAGUAAUCUAUCGCAUUCAGAUGAAAAUGGUAAGAAUUUGAAAAAAGGUCAUAAAAAUAGCAAAAAUAAUUCUAAAAUUAUACUAUUAAUUGAUCAACAAUUGCCAAUAUUAAAAGGCAACUCAAUAAACCUAUUUAAUUGUUAUGUGGAUGAAAUAUCUAGUAAUGAAGAAGUAUUUAAAAAACUAGAAAUAAUGCUACCAAAUUGGGUUGGUAGAAGUUUAUUAAUGGAUCAAUACAAUCAAUUUGAAUUACCUAAGGUUACAUUUGUUGUUGAAGAAUGGAAAGAUCCUAAGGAAAAUGAAAAUGAAAAAGAAGAAAAUGAAAAGAUUGUAAAGAGUAGUUCAACUUCUUUAUUUUCAUCCAAAAAGAACCAUAAUAACAAUAGUAAUAAAAAUAAUACUCAUAACUCAUUGCCGUUAUUAGAACACUCAUCAUUAAGAUUAAAUGCAGCGAAUCCAAUCCGAAUCAGGAAAAUCUUGAGCUACAUUAUAGAUAAAUUUAAGAGUCCACCAAGUGAAAGCAAACAACUUAACCCAGAAGAUUGGCUUGAAAUUUUGUGCAAUGAGGAAGUAUUGCCAUAUAAUAUGACAUUAAUUACUGUUAAAACCAAAAUUUGGAAAUCAAGUACAGAUUUAUCUUUAGCAACAAUUGGCACAGUUGUUUUGUUAGUUGCUCCUAAACCAUGGAAUAAGGUUGUAAGACCAGCUACUCCUCCAUUAAAUGCUUCAUCUCCCGAAGAGGAAAAAUUCAUUAAAGACUACUUGGAGAAAGCUGCUAAGUUAUAA